GGCUGUCAUCACUUAGACCUCACCCUGUGGAGCCACACCCUAGGGUUGGCCAAUCUACUCCCAGGAGCAGGGAGGGCAGGAGCCAGGGCUGGGCAUAAAAGUCAGGGCAGAGCCAUCUAUUGCUUACACUUGCUUCUGACGCAACUGUGUUCACUAGCAACCUCAAACAGACACCAUGGUGCACCUGACUCCUGAGGAGAAGUCCGCCGUUACUGCCCUGUGGGGCAAGGUGAAGGUGGAUGAAGUUGGUGGUGAGGCCCUGGGCAGGCUGCUGGUGGUCUACCCUUGGACCCAGAGGUUCUUUGAGUCCUUUGGGGAUCUGUCCACUCCUGAUGCUGUUAUGGGCAACCCUAAGGUGAAGGCUCAUGGCAAGAAAGUGCUCGGUGCCUUUAGUGAUGGCCUGGCUCACCUGGACAACCUCAAGGGCACCUUUGCCCAGCUGAGUGAGCUACACUGUGACAAGCUGCACGUGGAUCCUGAGAACUUCAGGCUCCUGGGCAACGUGCUGGUCUGUGUGCUGGCCCAUCACUUUGGCAAAGAAUUCACCCCGCAAGUGCAGGCUGCCUAUCAGAAAGUGGUGGCUGGUGUGGCUAAUGCCCUGGCCCACAAGUACCACUAAGCUUGCUUUCUUGCUGUCCAGUUUCUAUUAAAGGUUCCUUUGUUCCCUAAGUCCAACUACUAAACUGGGGGAUAUUAUGAAGGGCCUUGAGCAUCUGGAUUCUGCCUAAUAAAAAACAUUUAUUUUCAUUGCAA